CAUAUGGAUUUGAGCAACAUUUAUUAUUAUUAAAAAAAAAUCUUGUUCUUGCUGACAUGGAAGUAGAACUUAAACAAACCUCUGAAUGGUCUAAGCUUGAAGAAAAUACUCCAAUCUCUAAAAUUUCAACAAAGAAAUCUCGUUGGGAUGAAACUCAUUCAGAUGCUCAAAUUGGAGUCACGCCUGCUGGGAAUUUGGGGUUAGUGACUCCUACCCCUGAUAAUCUCGUGCCUAUGACGUCUGAAGUACGACUAUGGGAAAAAGAUCUAGACACACGUAAUAAAUCUUUAUCAGAUGAAGUGCUUAAUGCAACGUUUCCUUCAACUGGUUACAAAAUUCUGGAACCACCAUCAGGAUAUGUACCGAUCAGAACUCUUGCUCGUAAAUUGAUGGCCACAUCAACACCAAUAGUAGGCGAAGAAAUACCAGGUGUUGGUAACUUGACAUUUUUUAAACAAGAAGAUAAGCAACACUUUGGUAAAUUAUUAAAAGAUAAAGAUGAAAGUGAAUUACCUGAACUUGGAGCUGGAGCACUUUUUAAUCAGAUUCUUCCUCUAUUGAUGUCUCAAAAUUUAAAAGAUCAAGAAUGUCAUUUACUAGUUAAAGUAAUUGAUUGUAUUCUUUAUAAGCUUGAUGCUUUGGUACGUCCAUAUGUCCAUAAAAUUCUUGUAGUCAUUGGACCGCUUUUGAUUGAUGAAGAUUAUUUUGCAAGAUUUGAGGACUGUGAAAUUAUAAGUAAUUUAAAUAAAGCUGCUGGAUUACCAAAGAUGAUUUCUACAGUGAGAGCAGAUAUUGAACAUGUUGAAGAAUAUGUUAAAUACACUACGGCAAGAGUCUUUUCAGUUGUAGCAUCUGCACAUGGAAUUCCUGCAGUAUUACCAUUUUUGAAAGCGAUAUUGAUUGCAAAAACAACACAAUCAGUCAUUGAUCGAAUGCAAAGAGUAGAAAUUCCAGCAGAAUCUAACACUGUAG